AUGGCUCGUACGUCCAAUACCUUCAAGCAGUCCAACAAUUCAGGAGGUCGAAAUCAAUGGCGCGAGCGCCCGGUGUUGGAAGAUAUCCCUGACCUUCCACAGCGCCUCCAGGUCUAUAUCAACGAGGGUGUUCGGGUCAAAGAUAUUCCGCAAGAGAUUGAGAGCGACCUCGGGGCUAUCGUCAAACUACCAACCAUUAAGAAGAUUAUGCAGCGCUUCGAUAUCAAGACCUCGCGAAGGAGUGGUGUUUCAUACGUUGAGAAAGGUGCAGCUAUUCUCCAGACGAUGAAAGAAGACCCCCUGGGACGUUGGGGUUGCCGAACCGUGAAGGAGAAAUUGGCUCUGCAAGGUGUUCACGUAGAACGAGAUUUUAUCAUGCGCUUUCGAAGGGCCCAGGACGUAACUGCCACAGCUAACCGUCAUCCUCAAACUCGCAAGGCGCAUAGUCAUGGAUUGUAUUGCUCUGGUCCGAAUGAAGAAUGGGGCAUGGAUGGACAUGAGAAGAUCCUCCUUUCUAUGGGCAUCGGGGUCUAUGGAAUCAUCGACAAGUAUAGCCGCAUGGAGCUGAUACUUGUUGCUGUUCCUAAUGCUCGGGAUGACGAGCUGCCACUUGCUGUCUACCUCAGAACUGUCAAGAAAUACGGAGGAAUGCCGAUUACGUCUACAAGUGACAAAGGCACUGAACUGCGCAAGGUCAUCUCAGUGAUUGGGACCCUUCGCGCUACCUACCAGCCAUAUAUCCCGGAGAGCGUCGUGGCAUCGCACAACGCUCUGAAGUCUCCAGAUAACAUUACCCGAGAGCGUAACUGGCGACCUCUUUGGGAAAAGGACCUGGCCAACGUCCUUUACUUCUACAGAGCUGGCCAGGAAGCAGCUGGGUUUCAUCCGAAUAACGAUUUCCACGCCUCUCUUUCCCGCUGGCUUUGGGCGUGUAUUGUCCAGACCCUCCUCGACAAGGUUAUGAGCGAAAAUCAGAAGCAUCGGAUUCGCGGUCAGAAGAAAUCCUUGAUGCCAACCGAUGCUCGUCGUAUUGAUAUGUUCAAGCACCCUGAGCGCUUCGGUGGUAGAGACCAGCUUAUCCCCAUUCCCCAGCAGGAUAUUGACCGUCUUCUUGCCGAAUACGACCAGCCACAUCUAUUCAACUCUCCCCCCAGCUCCGACGGCUCGUCCGCCGACCCUUCGACCGCCUCUGACCCCGAUCAAGCGGAGGACCCGAACCAAGGCGUUGAAGCGCGACAACAGUCCCCUUCGUGGGAUGACGACACACCCAUGGAUGACGAUGACGUCUCCGUUAUCGUCGCGUCCGAAGACUCCGUCAACUACGAGCCAGCCAGUCCCAACGCCGGCUCUGGAACCGUCACUCCCCCUUGGCCCGCCGGUACCGCGCCCACCGACUUCGCAGCCUCUCCUCCAGGUUCCCCUAUGGCUGAAGAUACCGAUUUGGACGCCGAAGGAGAACCCGACGACUCGGCUACCGAAGACGCCGGUCUCGCGGCUCGCCAGGCUCGCGAACGCGAAAUGCUCGAUAAGUUCCACCAGAAGUUAGUUGAUCAUAUUAACAAGGACUUGGUCAUUACCGCAGAGACUACCGAUACUGUAGACACUCCAGCUGAUACCGCUUCUACUAGUACUUAA